AUGUUGAAUGACUAUUCACUUCCGUCAACUACUUCCAUCGCGGAAUUCACUGUCGCCCAGCUGGGCACCUCGACUGCAGCGAGCCUGGUCGCCUUUACCUCUUUUCUGACCGAGACGAUCCACCCAGUCUUGACCUACACCGAACAAACCACCAUCUCUAAUGACCCUGUUACACAAUUCGUGACCUCCCAGUUGGUCACAACCACAAACUUGGAUACGGUUCAAUCGGUCUCGGUUACGUUCAGCACUCUUUCGCAAACUCAUCUCCCAGAGACACCCUGGGCAGAGAACACCCAGUCCGAAACCCAACUGGGUACCACACAACAAACAUUUUCUCCGAUUUCUCUCACCUCCUCAGUCCCAUCAUGGACCACUGAUACUAGUAUCUCCCCCAGUUCAGAGUCGCAGGCCGGACCAUCACUGGUGGGAUUGACAGAUCCCAAUCCUCACACCAGCGAAGCACAUCCGAUGCCACUGGUCCCCAUCACACCAACCUCAAUUCGGCCAAGCUCAGCAAGUGCCGGCGCAGCAAUGACCACUCAUUCGCUGUCGCAAAGCCCGGUGUCUCGCAGUGACCCGGGACUUCAAAUGGUCACGAGUGGCCUAGAAGGCACCAGCACCCAAUCUUCCUCUACACUCUCGACUCCAACAUUUGUCACAACGGCAACUUCUUCCUCUCCAGUGGGUGGUCAUUCCGGCGGAUCUUCAGAUGACAACUACAGAAAGGCGUCUCACACGGUGGGCACGAUCGUCGGCUGUGUUGUGGGCGGAAUGGCUGUUUCACUCCUUGCCAUAUUGGCAUGCAUCCUGUUCGUGCGUCGUAGACGACGGAACAGCCUGCAUCGACGUCUACACAGUCGACAGACGCUGCUGCGAAGUGACUCCGAUAACUCUGGCCGCGCCUUCCUUGAUGGCCACAACCCGCAGCCUUCGUGGCCAAUCCAAUACGCAGGUGCGACCACAACUUCGGAGUCUUUCUCUGCUCCGGCACGAAAGCUUUCAGGCACGGGAACUGGGCCCAACUAUGGGUUAUCCGCUGCGAACAAAAAGCUCGCGCUGGACAGCUACACCCAGAAUGAACACUCGAUCGGGGCACCCUGGGCUUCGUCGAGCAGAAGGCCCACAAUUGAGGUUUCACCUCCAUCACGCAGUGCGUCGAUCUAUUCACGCCAGUCGUGGGAGGAUAGACUGGAGUCUCUCGAGUUCUAUCACAAUGGCGAAUUUACCCUCCCCGAUACAAAUGCCACCUAUCAUCACGGUGGAAGUGUGGAAGCUAAUCGUGAUCGAGCGGCUGAAAUUUCUAAUGUCAGGAAUCUCGCCCAUGGGUGCCGAGAUGGAAUGGGUGCCACAGAUACGUACUAUCCCAGUGGUGAAAGUACGACCACACUUCCUGAAGUCAGAUAUAAGACUCCUGGCACCAAGCACCUCGCUACACCUAAGAGGCGCGCCAGUAUCCGCAGCAACCCGUUCGAUCUGGAAUUCCCACCAAGCGCAGCCUCGAAGGGACCCGAAUUUGAUACUCAACUCCCACCCCCAGCAAGCGCGGCAUCCUGGGAAUAUCCAGAGCCGGGGCUUCAGCACCCGCACCCACCAACUGAAUUCCCGAAUUCUCCAUGGGGCGGACGAUACUAG